AUGUUUGUGAAGGUGCCCAUGGAUGCUAGAAGAGAGUGUACUGGAACUGGAGUGACAGCUAAUUUGUGUGCAGGAACAGAGAAUAAACUGAGCUCUCUCUCUGACCUGGACCAGCAGUACCGAGCCUUGCGCAAAUACUAUGAAAACUGCGAGGUAGUCAUGGGCAACCUGGAGAUCACCAGCAUCGAGCACAACAGGGACCUCUCCUUCCUGCGGUCUAUCCGAGAAGUCACGGGCUAUGUACUGGUGGCCCUGAACCAGUUUCGUUACCUUCCUCUGGAGAAUUUACGAAUUAUUCGUGGAACAAAACUAUACGAAGAUCGCUAUGCGUUAGCGAUAUUCCUAAACUACAGAAAAGAUGGCAACUUUGGACUUCAGGAACUUGGAUUGAAGAACCUGACCGAAAUUCUAAAUGGUGGCGUCUAUGUAGACCAGAACAAAUUCCUGUGUUAUGCUGAUACCAUACACUGGCAAGAUAUCGUUCGGAACCCGUGGCCUUCCAACAUGACUCUAGUGUCAACAAAUGGAAGCUUCGGAUGUGGAAGAUGCCAUAAGUCCUGCACUGGCCGAUGCUGGGGACCCACAGAAAAUCACUGCCAGACCUUGACAAGGACUGUGUGUGCUGAACAAUGUGAUGGCAGGUGCUAUGGACCCUACGUUAGUGACUGCUGCCAUCGAGAAUGUGCUGGAGGCUGCUCAGGACCAAAGGACACUGACUGCUUUGCUUGCAUGAACUUCAAUGACAGUGGAGCCUGUGUUACUCAAUGUCCCCAAACGUUUGUCUAUAAUCCAACCACCUUCCAGCUGGAACACAACUUCAAUGCAAAGUACACAUAUGGAGCAUUCUGUGUUAAAAAAUGCCCACAUAACUUCGUGGUAGAUUCCAGUUCUUGUGUGCGUGCUUGUCCAAGUUCCAAGAUGGAAGUAGAGGAAAAUGGGAUUAAAAUGUGUAAGCCUUGCACUGAUAUUUGCCCAAAAGCGUGUGAUGGCAUCGGUACAGGAUCAUUGAUGUCAGCUCAGACUGUGGAUUCCAGUAACAUUGACAAAUUCAUAAACUGCACAAAGAUCAAUGGGAAUCUCAUCUUCCUUGUCACUGGGAUUCAUGGGGACCCUUACAAUGCAAUUGAAGCCAUAGACCCAGAGAAACUGAAUGUCUUUCGGACGGUCAGAGAAAUAACAGGUUUUCUGAACAUACAAUCUUGGCCUCCAAAUAUGACAGAUUUCAGUGUUUUCUCCAACCUGGUCACCAUUGGAGGGAGAGUCCUCUACAGUGGUCUUUCGUUGCUUAUCCUCAAACAACAAGGCAUCACUUCCCUGCAAUUCCAGUCUCUGAAGGAAAUCAGUGCAGGCAACAUCUACAUUACCGACAACAGCAACCUGUGUUAUUAUCACACCAUUAACUGGACAACACUCUUCAGCACCAUCAACCAGAGAAUAGUGAUCCGAGAUAACAGAAGAGCUGAAAAUUGUACUGCUGAAGGGAUGAUAUGCAAUCACCUGUGUUCAAAUGAUGGCUGUUGGGGACCUGGGCCAGACCAGUGCCUAUCAUGCCGGCGCUUCAGCAGGGGGAAAAUCUGCAUAGAGUCUUGUAACCUAUAUGAUGGGGAAUUUCGAGAAUUUGAAAAUGGUUCCGUCUGUGUUGAGUGUGACUCCCAAUGUGAGAAGAUGGAAGAUGGACUACUCACAUGCCAUGGACCGGGACCAGACAACUGCACGAAGUGUUCUCACUUUAAGGAUGGUCCAAACUGUGUGGAGAAAUGUCCAGAUGGCCUACAGGGAGCAAACAGUUUCAUUUUCAAGUAUGCAGAUCAGGAUCGGGAAUGCCACCCAUGCCAUCCAAACUGCACCCAAGGGUGCAUAGGCUCAAGUAUUGAAGAUUGCAUCGGCCUGAUGGAUAGAACUCCACUGAUUGCAGCCGGAGUUAUUGGCGGGCUCUUCAUCCUGGUCAUCAUGGCCCUGACAUUUGCAGUUUAUGUCAGGAGGAAGAGCAUCAAAAAGAAACGAGCCUUGAGGAGAUUCCUGGAGACAGAGCUGGUAGAGCCCUUAACCCCCAGUGGCACGGCACCCAAUCAAGCUCAACUACGCAUUUUGAAGGAAACGGAACUGAAGAGGGUAAAAGUCCUUGGCUCGGGAGCUUUUGGAACCGUUUACAAAGGUAUUUGGGUGCCUGAAGGUGAAACAGUGAAAAUUCCCGUGGCUAUUAAAAUCCUCAAUGAGACAACUGGCCCCAAAGCCAAUGUGGAGUUCAUGGAUGAGGCUUUGAUCAUGGCAAGCAUGGAUCACCCACACCUAGUUCGCUUACUGGGUGUGUGUCUGAGCCCCACCAUCCAGCUGGUUACCCAGCUGAUGCCCCAUGGCUGCCUGCUGGACUAUGUCCAUGAACACAAGGAUAACAUAGGAUCACAGCUGCUGCUGAACUGGUGUGUCCAGAUUGCUAAGGGAAUGAUGUACCUGGAAGAAAGACGACUUGUUCAUCGGGAUCUGGCAGCCCGUAAUGUCUUAGUAAAAUCCCCAAACCAUGUGAAAAUCACAGAUUUUGGACUAGCCCGACUCUUGGAAGGAGAUGAAAAGGAAUACAGUGCUGAUGGUGGUAAGAUGCCAAUUAAAUGGAUGGCUCUGGAAUGUAUACAUUAUAGGAAAUUCACUCAUCAAAGUGAUGUUUGGAGCUAUGGCGUCACAAUAUGGGAACUGAUGACCUUUGGAGGAAAACCCUACGAUGGAAUUCCAACCCGAGAAAUCCCGGAUUUAUUAGAGAAAGGAGAGCGUUUGCCUCAACCUCCCAUCUGUACUAUUGACGUUUACAUGGUCAUGGUCAAAUGUUGGAUGAUCGAUGCUGACAGCAGGCCUAAAUUCAAGGAACUGGCUGCUGAGUUUUCAAGGAUGGCUAGAGACCCUCAAAGAUACCUGGUCAUUCAGGGUGAUGAUCGUAUGAAGCUUCCCAGUCCAAAUGACAGCAAAUUCUUCCAGAAUCUUUUGGAUGAAGAGGAUUUGGAAGAUAUGAUGGAUGCUGAGGAAUAUUUGGUCCCCCAGGCUUUCAACAUCCCUCCUCCAAUCUACACGUCCAGAGCAAGAAUUGACUCCAAUAGGAGUGAAAUUGGACACAGCCCUCCUCCUGCCUACACCCCCAUGUCGGGAAAUCAGUUUGUGUACCAGGAUGGGGGCUUUGCUACACAACAAGGAAUAGCCAUGCCCUACAGAGCCACAACCAACACCAUACCAGAAGCUCCAGUCGCUCAGGGUGCAACAGCUGAGAUGUUUGAUGACUCCUGCUGUAAUGGCACCCUACGCAAGACAGUGGCACCCCAUGUCCAAGAAGACAGUAGCACACAGAGGUAUAGUGCUGACCCCACGGUGUUUGCCCCAGAACGGAACCCACGAGGUGAACUGGAUGAAGAAGGCUACAUGACUCCCAUGCGUGACAAACCCAAACAAGAAUAUCUGAAUCCUGUGGAAGAAAACCCUUUUGUGUCACGGAGAAAAAAUGGAGACCUUCAAGCUUUAGAUAACCCGGAAUAUCACAGCGCUUCCAGCGGUCCGCCCAAGGCGGAGGAUGAGUAUGUGAAUGAACCACUCUAUCUCAACACCUUCGCCAACGCCUUGGGGAACGCCGAGUACCUGAAGAACAGCGUACUGUCUGUGCCCGAGAAAGCCAAGAAAGCAUUCGACAACCCCGACUACUGGAACCACAGCCUGCCACCCCGGAGCACCCUUCAGCACCCAGACUACCUGCAGGAAUACAGCACAAAGUAUUUUUAUAAACAGAACGGACGGAUCCGCCCUAUUGUGGCAGAGAAUCCUGAGUACCUCUCUGAGUUCUCACUGAAGCCAGGCACUAUGCUGCCCCCUCCGCCCUACAGACACCGGAAUACUGUGGUGUGAGCUCAGCUGGGGUGUUAGGUGAAGAGACAUGCCCACUCCAUUCCCUCCCCCCACACACCCCUGCUCUUUCUCUGGUGGCCUUCCUUCUCCCAAGGCCAGUAGUUUUGACACUUCCUAAUGGAAGGUGUAGAGACGCAAUGAUAGUUCUGUGCUUACCUAACUUGAACAUUAGAAGGAAAGACUGAAGGAGAAAGACAGGAAGACACACGCUGUUUCUUCGUUUCUUCAUAUGGGUUGGUCAACAGUGUCAGAGCUAGAGAAGGCCUAGGGCAUAUAAGGUAGUACUGCCUGCUGUCAGAGUCCCAGCAUUAACUUUUACAUUCUCUCUCCCUCCUUCAUUCCUUCCCUUUCUCCUAUCAAUGCAGGUGAUUGAAAACCCAGACUCCAUUCUCAUCUGCAUCCAUAGACUUGUGCAUAUUCAGCAUCCCUAAAAUCAUACGAAAGCUUUCAUUAGAACAAAAAGAUGAACAUUUGGAUCCCAUUUGAUAGUAACUGAUAUUGAGAAGCCAAUUUCUUUCUCCAAUAGUUUCUUUCCUGGCAAGUAAGAAUGGCCAACCCAGCUUUUAUAAUUUUUAAAUCUCCAUUAUAGUUAUAACUAGUAAUUAUGCAUAGAAGGCCUCUCUGGUGUUCCCAUUUUGGUUUGUUUUGGCCUGUUCCUUUAUAUUAGUUCCUCUCCUAUUUGGGGCUGUAGUUUCUAGUUACGAAGAUAUUUACAUAAAAGCUUCUUGACACAGUUGAAACACACACACACACACAAAAAAUUAUAUGAUGUAGAGGCCAUUAUUUUAAAUCAUGCAGUCAUUUAAAUUAGAAGAGAAAGCCAAGAUACUAGUAAAAAUAGCAUCAAAUCCAGAUUUCAUGUUUUGCACUACUGAAUUUAUUCUUCCCAGUCAUUUUCAUUCUUUAGCAUUUUAUUUUUCGCCAUAAAUGACUGUCUUUGAUGGGCAGUGGUAAUCUUCAGAGUAGAAGGGAUGCUAAGAAACAGUUCUGUGUGGUUCAAAAAAACUACUGAUACUUUCAGGGGUGGUCCCAUGGGGGAUCCAUGCAGUGGAAGAAACACUGGAUUGGGUACGUCUACAUGGAAGGUACUCAGAAAUGUAGUUUGCACUUAAGCUCUAAUUUUAUUUGCUCUUUUUCUGAACUCUACUUUGGAUUUUGAAUGAAGCAAUAUGGAAGCAACCAGCAGAUUUAAGUACAUUUUUUUAAAGGAUCUAAGAUAAAUACAGACUGUGGAAAUGCCAAACCAAGCCAACUAGGACUUUGGAACAGUACCCAGGGAUUGCGGUGAGAGGGCCAGCACAUUAUCUUCAUACUCUGUGACAUUUGCUGUGUAAGGAAGUAUGUUAAGUUUGUACUCUCUGUGUGAAGGAAUGCAAGUUGAGGACUGGCUUGAAAUCCAUGGAAUUUCUAGAAUGAGACUCUGUUUAUAUGGAGUAGAAGGUAGCUUAACUCUUCAUACCUAAGUUGCUAUAAUUAAAAGUAGAUCACAAACAU